AUGUCUUCUACCACCCACUUCCCUGACCCCCCAAGCUUCCAGGAGCAAUCCAACCAGUUCAUUUCCUGGUUAGAAGCAAACCCAGGGGUCAAGGUCAACCACAAAAUCUGUCUGGCAGAUCUUAGAUCGAGUGGUGCUGGAAGAGGCGUCGUGGCUCGAACCCAUAUCCCUGAAGGCGAAGAGCUCUUCUCGAUCCCGCGCACCCUGAUCCUUGCCGUCCAGAACUCCGAGCUGAAGACCCUGCUCCCACAAGAUGUCGAGGCCCUGGGCCCAUGGCUGUCACUCAUGCUAGUGAUGCUCUAUGAAUACCUGCAAGGCGAACGGUCCCGAUGGGCUCCAUACUUCAAGGUCCUCCCGACCCGGUUCGACACCCUGAUGUUCUGGUCGCCGGCUGAGUUGCAGGAGCUGCAGGCUAGUGCAGUGGUCGAGAAGAUCGGCCGCCAGGGCGCAGAGGAGUCAAUUCUCGAGUCUAUCGCCCCCAUCGUGCGUGCGAACCCGGCACUCUUCCCGCUUGUCGGCGGACUGGCGUCGUAUGAGGGCGAUGCGGGCGCGGCGGCUCUGCUUGAGCUCGCCCAUACUAUGGGAUCCUUGAUCAUGGCUUAUGCCUUUGAUAUUGAAAAGGCUGAGGACGAUGACGAGCCUGACGCUGACGAUGAUGGGUAUCUGACCGAUGACGAGGACGAGCAGCUGCCCAAGGGCAUGGUCCCGCUUGCGGAUCUGCUCAAUGCCGAUGCAGACCGCAACAACGCCCGCCUGUACCAGGAAGAGGAAUCCCUAGUCAUGAAGGCCAUCAAGCCCAUCCAAGAAGGCGAUGAGAUCUUCAAUGACUAUGGGGAAAUCCCGCGCGCGGACCUCCUGCGCCGAUACGGCUAUGUGACCGACAAUUACGCCUCAUUUGAUGUGGUCGAGCUCUCGCUAGAAAACAUUUGCCAGGCGGCCGGUCUCGACAGCGCCGAUGUAGAAACUCAGCCCAAGCUACAAUUCCUUGAUGAGCUCGACAUCCUCGACGAUGGCUACGUGAUCCCCAGGCCAUCCGCCGAAGACGCAUUCGAAGACAUACUGCCCGCCGAGCUAGUGAUUCUUCUCAGCACUCUCGCGCUGACCCCGCAAGAGUUCGAGCAGCGCCGUUCCAGAAACAAGCCACCGAAGCCCGCCAUGGAGGGCAGUCAAGCAGGUAUCCUUCAGCGAGCCUUGCUGUCCAAGCAGGGUCAAUACGCUACCUCUCUCGCCCAGGACAUCGAGAUUCUGCACUCCUCCGGCUCUCACGCCUCGCUGGAGGGUUCUGCGCGCCGGCACCAGAUGGCGAUUAAGGUCCGCAUCGGCGAGAAGGAGAUCUUGCAGGCUAUUUUGGGUCUGCUUGAUCGCCUUGUUGCUGGUGGUUCCCUGAAACGGACUGCCAAUGGUGACGAUAGCGAGUCGAGACAGUCCAAGGCUCCGAAGGUCUGA